AUGGGACCACCGCAAGUGAUGGGAUCGGCAAGAAUGUUGAUGCCGCCACCGCAACAGACUACACCGAGUCGGUUUAUGGGAUAUGGAGGAUUGGGUGGAAUGUUAGCGACCCCAGUGCAGUCACAGAGGGCUUCGCCGAUCUUGCCACCCUUCCCGGAAACAGGAGGUUUGUCAUUGUCGGACAUUGGAGCACCGCGGUUGAGAACGCCACAGCAAUUGGGAGCACAAAGACCUCAUCGGAACUCGCCACAGAAAGGAGGGAGGCGAGGAGGAAAUCGAUUUGAUUCACCACGACCGCGAGGCGUACUGCCGUCGCUGGGCCCAAAAUUGGAGCAGGUCGGACCAGAUGGUCUACGGGCAACGCCCCCGGGUGAACCAACGGUGCAUGAUUAUUCACCGAAACUCCCGCUAGAUAUGAAAGACGAUGACGCGCGAUUGAACGUGAUAGCGAGCAACGAGGAAGGAUUGACAGCGGCUGAUACAGCGGCCAUCCAGGAUUUCAACCGUAUGUGUCGGGAUCUCUAUCGAAUCCAUAUGCGAGUUGAAGAUGAACAUGCAUUCUAUGGGAGAUUAAUGAGUUUGGAUGCGAUUAUUGAAGCAGUCCAUAUCGCGAUGAAGGAAAAGACUAAAAGCAUCGAAGUGAAACGUAAAGAGUUGGCGAUCAGAAUCGCCUCGAUGAAACAGUACCAUCCGGCUCUAACCAACAGAAAAUGGCCGCCGAUGAUUGAGAAGAUACAGAUGUUCCUUAAGACGAUUCCUAAAGAAACGGGACCCUCAGCAAGCAGCGCGGCAGGGCCAUCACGGGCAUCAGUCGAAGCACCAGUAGAAGAGAUGUCGGAUAGUGCUCUCAUGGAAACAAAGAGAAAGAUUGAGAUAGAAUUAACCAAACGAGCAGAAAGGUCACGGGCCAGUUCAACCGCAGGAUCAGUACGGGGACGUACCAGUUCGGUUACGGAGCCGUCUAGCGGGACCGUAAAGAGCGGAAAAAGAGUAAGGUCACCGACGACAAGUCCAAGGGAAAGUGACAAGAAGGAACAGCGAACGAAAAAGGUCACGACGAGUAAAGCCCCGGUUCCAGUGGGUAGAAAGAGCGCACCACCCACGCCGCCGGGUCCUGAAGCUGUUUCAGUUCGACUUCCGAAGUGCCGGACUUUUACAGUCAAAUACACUGGAACUGACCAUAACGAACGAAAGGUCACCGCUCGGAUAGUCGAUAAAAGAACGAAUAAGGAGAUUGACUCAUAUAAUCCCCUAGCGGACAAGUCAGUUAAGACUGAGAUCGGGGAAAGGUCAAAGACGGAAGUCAAUGAGGCGUUACAGUUCAUUCCCCCGGAAGAGCGUCAUAAUCCGAGAGUUCUGAUCCAGAUGAUGAAGCACGUGGUGUCCAAAGUUGCGGUCGAAGAAAACGCGUGGAUCCGCAUCAAAGUGGGCACAAAUGAUGACCAUCUGGCAUACACAUACACAGUGGAUGGGAAAUUGCUGACGAAAGAGAGAGUUCGACCAAAACCGACAGCAGACCCAGACCCGAGUAAACGAACAUUGGAGGAUUAUGAGUCGACCAUGAAAUAUACCGAUGGAACGUGCAGAAAAGUGACGCUGACAGUCCACUUCGGCGAUGGGACAACGGAGUGUAUAACCGCGGUAAUUGUUGAUCCGAUCACAGGAGAUCCGAUUCCAUACGCUCCAUGGGACGUGUCAGAGGAAAGCGCCGAGCACGCCAAUCGCGCAGCACUUGAACAGUUGUGGAACUUAAUACCAGUAAGUCAACGUCAGGAUCCUCUAGUUCAAGCGAAUACGCUGAUCAGCAUGAUGCGACAUCGAACGGAGAUAGACGAAGCUCAUUUCCGACUCACAAGAAAAAUGGAAAACGGAGCGUACAAGACGGUGUUUUAUGACGCAAAGAAAAACCCCUUAUGGGAGAUCGUCACACAGGGACAAACGAAAGAAACACCGCACUUGGAAAGUCGGGCCCUAGACCCGGCACAAGAAGGUGGAGCCGGAGAGAUGGCAGAGGCCUCCGUAGCCGAAAAGGCAGGAACGGAGAGCACCCGGAGACCAUCGGAACUGGACGAAUCAGAAGAGGAGGAAGCUGACGAUGAUUCGGCAGAGGAACAGGCUGACGAAGACGACGACAGGGCCGAGGAGCCCGCGGAAGAUAAACAGCCUCCAAAAGUGGUCGUUAAACCGAGGAAAGCGGCUAAACUAGAAGAGGCCAUGAACCGUGAGAGGGCUAAGAAAGGCGACUCCCCAAAGAAACGAAAGGAAGCCGAAGAUAGGAAGAAAAAAAGCGGUGACGAUAACGAGAGCACAAGCACGGGGAAGAAGAAGGAAGAAAGGAAGAAAAAAGACGAACCGCCCUCUCAUGAUGUCGAAAUAUUGGAUGAACCAGUCGCCGAAGUUGAAGAAAGGUCACCGCAACCUGUAACUUCAAAGAAAUUUAUUAUCGAAUCGGCCACAUCAAAGUUAAAGGUCACCGAGCCCGAGCCGUCAACAUCUAAAGGAAAGGUCAUAGCUGUGAAACAGAUUGUCCCAGUGGUUAUCUCGGCAUCUACUACGAAACAGCGUAAGGAGAAAGGAAUGCGAGAGAAGGCAAAACGAGAAACGUCUCGUGAAUCGGAAGCAUCGGAAGUAAGCCUUCCAAGUACUUCGACGGUUAGCACGAGAUCACAUACGGACCCGAAAACGACUAGAUCAAGAACCGUCGAGCCAGGAAGCCUAGCGGAGGCUCUUGAAAAAGGGAAAAAAGCAAAGAGCGAACCCGUAAAAUUGAAAAAGAAAGGAAAAGAGGCCAGGAAAAUCGAUGCAUUGGCGAUGGCUAACUACAUCGAACCGGAUGGAGAAAGUGAACUUGAUUAUUCGGGAGACGAAGCGGAAUUUGAAGAUCCCGAUAAUGAUAAUCUGACCACAAUUGAUGAAAUCAUUGACGCAUUCAAUGGAGCGGAGAAGAAUUUUACACGGAUACGAACGACAUCAGUGACGUCAAAAUUCAGAACGGGCUUAAAGAAAUAUUUGAGAAAAGAAAUGCACCGUAGCUUCACCAAACAGAAGUUUGAUGUAGUAUUGGAAUACGCUCGGAAUGCGGGAAAACUCCUCCAGAAACACCCGAAUUUCGCGUAUAAGGCUAAAUUAUUCAGGCCGUCAAGUGCGGACAAGUCGCUGACGACUCCAAACGAAGAUCCCUCAAUGCGAGUAGAAAGGGCAGUCGCGGGAAUGACAAGCCCGUUGGGGUCAACGAGUCACCGGAUCAGCCAAUACAUUAAUGCCGUGUGGAAUGACGGAAAGGGCUUGAUAAAGGAAAUCGACACGGCCACUGAACGCGUGUUGCCCAGGAUGAUAAAACAGAACAUCCUCUCCACAACGAACGCACAUAAAGGUUAUCCGAUUCGAUAUACGAGAGUAGGCUUGAUACCGCCGGAAAAACAAGUCCACUGUCAUAUGUCCGAUAGUCAGGAGAUGGAUAAGGUGCCAUCGAGUGGAGAUCCGACAACUCCCAUACUAAAUCGGAUCGCACAGUUAGCAGCCGACGAAGAAGCCAUCCAGGCUUCUUCUAAGAAAGUGAUGAAAAAGAAAGGACCAAUGGACGGGGAAUCGGAAGAGAGCGACGAUGACAAAUCAGCCCCAACGCCUUUGGAACCGGCGACAGAGAAGCCUAAAGGCCGAGAGACACCUGUAACUGCGACAGAAGAAACUCAACCGAAAGGUCACGGGACUUCGGAAAAAGGGGAGAAAGAAAAGGUCAUGCUCCCAAUGGACAAGGCAGCGGCAGAAGCAGAAGCCGCAUCUGCGCGACAAGUGUACCAGAAAUCAUUGUUCGCACCGUUGAAAGAGGCUUUUGAGAAAGAGCGGUCGAAGUCGGCAGACGAAGUGGGAGGUCAUGAGACUUUACCACAGAAGGAGAAAGCUGAUGAACCGAAAUCGGCACAGUCAUCAUCCGGCUCGCUGGCAAAAUUGAGGAUUGACGAAACGGAGAGAACAGACCCAACAGACUCGGCAAUAUCCCCCCAGAAAACGGAGACUAGCGGUAUAAAAACAAAAGAACCGACAGAUUACACGCUAGGCGCACCAUUGGAUGUGACUAACCGGACAUGGAGCGAAGUCCAAGCGGCGCUUCAGAACAUUAGAGAAGGCGAAAUGCUCGGACCAGACUUGAAAAGGCAGGUCGCUGAAAACUCGAAUGGAAGAUCCUCACUCAGCAUGACCGAGCGAGUUUUGAAACGGGCAUAUAAGGAAGGAAGACUGGGAUGUAAAUACGACAAAGACAACAAAAUUAUUUACUAUAUUCCGAAACAGGGCACGGACCGCACACCCAGACUCAAAAUGGAACUGGAGGACGGCCGAAUUGACUUCAAGCCGUAUAAACCGCCGGCAAAGGAGUCUGAGUGA